AUGAAGUCCGUCCUCUAUUGUCUAGCUUUAUGUUUGCCGGUCCUGGCUACGCCCCUGAUGGAAGUCACCCUGAGUAAUUCAACCUCGUGCCAGACCUACGGAGGGGAUAGCAUCGCGAAUCUGGCUUGUCGCAAUACGUGCAUUGAGCAGGGUGAAGGAUGGACCGGGGGGUUCUGUGACAGCCAGCAAAUAUGCCAUUGCACGUUCAAUGUUUAA